AUGCAAGUCGUCAUCACUGUCCCCAUCAUUGCAGGGGUCACGUCGCCAUUGGCAACAAACACGAAGACGGUGACGAUGCAUCCACAUCAAUCAUGGGCCAUGUCACGCUCAAAAAACAAAAACGACCACCUACAAACGAAGAUGAACGAGCACCAGCCAAUCCCGACCACCAUCAUCCACCAUGGCUUACGAGCGAUGGUCAACCACCCACAAACGGACAAAGGCGACAAGGAGCCCAGGUGCCACGUCGCCGACAGCGACGUGGCAACCAAACGACGAACGUCGUUCGUCAUUGUUUACUCUAGGACACCACGGACAAUGAAGGAACCCAAUGUCGCGAUGAGAACGACAGAAGACAAGGACACGGGACAACGAUGCUACGAAAACACGGUGAAUACCCCCCAUCCCACGUUCAUCCCUACCCACCUCGCUGAGACACAGGACGACGACAGACUGGCCACAUGGGAUGACGACGACGUAACGAGGAGGACACAGGACAAUGACGCGAUGAGAACACGACCCAAUGACGCGACGAGGACAUGGGACGAUGAAGACAAUAACAACAUGACCAGGACAAGGGCCAACGAGGGACCAGGGCACAACAUGACGCAGAGGGGCCGACGACGUGACAACAACAGCAACGACGACGACGCGAUGCCAAUGUGGUACGACAAUGGACGAGGGACCAGCACCACUACCCUGGAUGGGCGAUGA